AUGGUGUCCCCCUCUUCAUUUGGCUCCCGCCUGGAGGAGAAUGAAACCGAUUGGCAUGCCGCUCCCCGUGCUGCCAAAAGACGCAAGCGCGCCUCCACCGCAGGUGCAUCACGACCUUCGCCCCGCGAGAUCGGAGUGAUGAGAGAAUCUCAAAACGAUGGACCAGCCACUUUUCUUGGAAGCUCUAGCGGCAUUCACUUCGUUCGUCAGGUUUACAACGCCUUUGCUCGUCGAUCCGCCGAGUUGCAGCGAGCACGGAAUCGAACCUCGGUGCCAGGAGAAGAUGAUCGAUUGCAGCGAAACUCCGGCGACUUCAACUCUCACAAUACAGAUGAGCUGUGGUCGAGGGAGGAGCUGAACUUUGAGUCAAAUCCCUCGUUAUCAUUCGAUGAUUUAGCCAGUUGGACUCGCUGCUACUUUGAGAACUGGCACCCCAUCUUUCCCUUUCUUCAUGCACCAACUGUCCUCAAGUCGAUGGAAACUCUCGCGAACCAGGGGAUUCCAGCAAUCAGCCGACUAGACAUGAUUAUUAUUCGCUCUCUCGUCUCGAUAUCUCUUGCCGAUAAUCGACAGACAGAUGGCUCGGGUGCAAACACCAAACCAGUUCCAGCCAAUCUGGUAUUUCAAUCUGUACAUCACAUCAUACAAGAUAUUCAGAGUCUGCUCAUGGAACCAACCACGAUACCACUUUUGCAAGCGACGUUCUGUGUCCAGCUGACCCUGACGUCUCUGUUACGUCUUAACGCCGCUUCUCGGGUUGGUGGAGUCAUCACUCGCACUGCUUAUCAUCUGGGGUUGCAUCGAUGUCCUGCUCGCUUUUCGUGCUUCAGUAGCCUCGAAAAAGAUAUUAGAUAUCGAUUGUUCUGGUCCAUAUACAGCCUGGAACGAUAUCUAUCACAAGCCCUCGGGAUCCCGCUUAGCAUCCGAGAUGACGACAUUGAUGUUUGCUAUCCGGGCGAAGAAAGGCACUCAAGUGUUAUUGCAACACCACAAGGCCACGUCGAUCAUCGACUACGACUAUCUUGCCACAUGGCUAAAGUUGCCCGGGUACGUGGCUUGAUAAUUGAGCUUCGCAACAAGUCUGUCUUGCAUAGUCAUGCCAGCCCUGUUGAGGCAUCGUAUGUUAACGGCGAGCUUUCACAAUGGUGGAAUGAAGUGUACGACGAUGUCUAUCCUACGGAGGACGAUGCAGAUACAGAAUCACGACAAGGCUCACCGCUAGCCCCAUAUCAUCGACUGCUUCUCGUUGUCCUACGACACGAGGCAGUCAUUGCCUUGAACAGACCGUUGCUUACCGCCGAGAAGCCCAAUCAGGACCAGGAUUGCAAAAAUGCAUUACAGACAUGUAUUGAAUCAUCGCGAUCUGUGCUUGCAGCAUUAAAGAAAUACAUGUCUUCUCCAUCCCAAGCACCAAUGACCUGGCCUUCCUUUACAUGGACAACAUGGAUGGCUUGUCUCAUCUUGAUGUACGCGUCAUGGGAAGGCGAGCUCCCGAUCGAUACCGCAUUAAAAUACGGUCGGAUGGGGACUUCUGUCCUUCAGAAUCUUGCUUUGCGUGGAAGUAGCUGGCCCGAAACAUGCAUAGAGGGGAUUAAGAGCAUGGUAUCUGCCUUAGGGGCGAUGAGACCAGAGUCCCAGCAUAGAAGUCAUCCGUCCGCUUCGAUGGGCAUGAACUCCGCCUUUCCAAAUACCCACAGAACGGGGCCUACAACGUACCAUCGUCUGUCGCCUUCUAUGAGUCCACAACAUUUUGAACCAUCGGCAGACUCUGCCCCUCAGGGUGUUAACGCAACUGAACACUGCGACCCGCCCAACCCCAAUCGUGAUGCCAGUGAUAUGGUCGAGAUGGAUUCGAACGACGCCGCUCACGCACAAACAUCCGCCGGUUUAAUAUUCGGCAACAUGGCGAACAGCAACGCCGUCCUCAACCAGGGACUUGGACAGGAUCCGCUUUCCUUCUCCGAUCCCUCUUACCUGUUCAUGAACGAUCUAUGGAGCGUGGCAGAUGGCCCUUGGAUAAUUCACGGAAACAUGUUAUAA